CGGGCGGUGUGUGCGGGGUGUAGGAGGGGGAAUGAUACGACAGGUUGUGACUCGCAUUUUCUAUUGUACAUUCAUAGAGAACGCACGCGUGCAUAGUGUGUAAUAAUUAUUAUAAUCACUGAUCAACCAUGUUAACCAAGGAGUGGGGAAAGUUAAUAGACAAGGAUAUUUUGAUUAGUUUGGUGGAAGAUAGGCCAGUCCUUUGGGACAAGACGCUGGAUAAAUACAAAGACAAUACUGCAAGUAUUGCAGGUUGGCGCGAAAUAUGCGUUAUUCUAAUGGAGGAUUUUGAGGCUAUGGAACAAAGACAAGACAAGAGUUCGGAAAACUUGUUAUGAAAAAGUGAAGACAGAUGAGAGAUGCCUGGGUGAGAACACUAAAAGAUAAAAAGAAUUGUAAGACGUCUGGUUCCGCUGUCUCAAACACGAAGCCCUACAAAUACCAUAAUCAGAUGCUGUUUUUGAAAAAAGUAGUUGCUGCUGGUGAAACCAGGAAAGCGUAUCUACUAAACAAACUGAAGAACACACCACGACAACGAAUGAACCUACAAACGAAGAUGACAGUGUGACUACAAUGACACAACUAGACAAUGACAGUUAAAAGUACAAACAAAAUCUAGCCUCCCCGCCAAAACGCAGAGCACAUUGACUAUCAGAUAAAACCGAAGAAAACUGAGCAGCAUGAUCGCAAUCCUGCUUGAUGAUGACCAAACUUUGGAAUUCCAGUCAGGGGUGAUAAACCUAUUACAAAAUAUUAAACGUAGGAGAGUUGGCCAGUCAACUUAUGACUGGUCAGCCUAUACACAAACAUCUGAUGCUAGUCACUAUCAAUCUCAGGGAUAUUUUAGCAGACUACAGCCUACUGAUAGUGCACUAUCGCCAGUACAAUCUGUAGACAGUGAUGCUACGUUAGAUCUGUCUGAGUUUUAAAAAUAAACGUACGUACCUUAAAAAUAUCGCUAGU